AUGAGCGCAAGUGGAUUUGACCCAUUCGAAUGGCAAAAAUUCUUCUUCCGCGGGUUAUCCAGAGAGGAAGCGAACAAAUUGCUCAAAGAGUCGUCAGUCACAAUCGGAACGUUUUUGUUGAGAGACAGUUCGAACCCUGGAGAUUUUUCAUUGUCUGUAAGGUGAGCGAGCAGUUUUUGUUGAUUUUCCAGAAAAUCAAUUUUUUCAGAGAAUUUGACACUGGAGACUGCGUUCGUCAUUAUCUAAUCUCCGAAGUAGAAAACGAAGACGGCUCAAAACAAGUGAAAAUCGCCGAGAAGCAAGCUUUUCCAGACAUUCCAACACUUUUAAAUCAUUUCAAAACGCGAGUAUUAGACAAAGCCUCGCUUCUGAAUGCAUAUAAAAAACCAGUUAUCGAAAUAAUGACCGGCAAAUUCAAGUUCACCGGAGAACGCGAAAACGAUCUCACAUUUGAAGUCGGAGAGCAACUCGAAAUUAUCAGUGAGUCAUUUUUUCUUGAAAGCAAUUUCAAUUUUUUUUUCAAAUUUCAGCAAAAGAAGCUAAUGAUUGGUGGGAAGCGAGAAACGCGCUUGGCAAAACUGGCAUGGUUCCAGCAAAUUAUUUGAUUCCUAUAACUGAUGAACGAGCAUCCAAAGGAACCUCACAAUCAUCGAUUUCAAGCGGCGCAGCAGAACGUCUUUCAACAACAUCAACAAGUAGUGAAAAUAUGGAUAAUAUUUAUAAUCCAAGAUUGCCAGCAAUUGCCAAAGUUUUAUAUGAUCGACAACCAAAUGCUUAUGAUCCAACACAACUUCGACUGAAAAAGGGGCAAACUUUGAAUAUUAUUCAAAAAUUGACUAAUGGCAUGUAUAAAGCAAAAACAGAAUCGGAUGGUUUAAUGGGAAAUGUUCCUUUCACUUAUAUCAGAUUUCUUCGACCUCAAGAAUAG